GGCCUCAAAGUAAUCCCCAAAAGACCAUAUUUUGUCUCCAUCAUUAACUUAUAAUUACAAAAUCACAACACACAACCAAACCCACAUCAGAAAAUCAUAACCAGAAUCUCUCCAUUCAUCAAAGAAUCUUAAAAAUGGUGAGAGAAAGAAGAAAGACGGAGAAAGUAGAAGAGAAGCAAGAAGUUGUAGAUCAAGAAGAGAAGGUGAAGCCAAGACAAAGAAGCGUGAGCAGAAGAAACAUGCAAUCUCUGGUGAUCGGACUCGUUGGAGCCGUGUUAACUCUCGGUGCUUAUUCUCAGACAUAUGUUGAUCCGGGCAAAUCUCUUGGCGCUGGCCUCUUUGUUCUCUUCUUUGGCUUGCUUGUCAGCGAAGGUUUCAUCUCUCUUUAAAAAGAAUGAUUCUAUAUAUGCAAAUCAAACCUUUUUUUUUUGUUUAUGUAUGUUACAAAAUUACGAAUAUCUUUGAGCAUCUCGUUUCAUUUUUAUUUUAUUUCUAUUGUUGGGGAUAUCUUGGACUUUUGAAUUAAUGUGAUGACCAAUUCCAUAUUGUUUUUACGGA